AGUAGUAGUUUCAUUUGCGAGAAUUUAUGAAAGUAAAGCUAGUGAAGUAUUACAAGUACACUGUACAUGUAGAGUAAAGCACUGUUUGAUAUAGAAGGAAUAUGUGAAGAUGGGGAAUAGUCUUCAGCAAUGGCGCUCUGCAAUAGGGACAUUAAGCCAACCGACAUCAUGUACUAGUCCAACGUUUAAAUUUACAAGAUGUUGGACAACAAACCACCCAUCUGGUACAUUGACAAACAUGUCCACAACUAAAUCCAAGAGCCUGAGUGGAAGCCGGACAACUGAACACAAGCACCAAGAGGAAGUGGACAAUUUUGACCAUGAGCCACCCACCGAGAAGUCAGUGUGGAAGCGGGGAUGGAUAAAGAGGUUAACAAUGCGAGAGAUUUGGUUGAAGAUGGCGCCUACCCUUCUUGUUAUCUUACUCAUCGCGUUGAUGAUUGGUGGGGUUGAAGUAAAUCCCGGUCCGAGGCCAGGUAAUUCAUCAGAAACCGAUGCCUGUCAAGAUUACCUCCAAAUUGAUGAAAAUGCUGCCCAAGUGAACAAGCCACAUUCUGCUGAGGCUACACAAGGUAUGUACGAAAUUGGACGAGAACUCUGUAGAAAGGAUUGGAAAACUAGAGACAUGGACGAAACAGAGCUGAGUAAACAGAUUGAUUUGUUUCGCCAACUAGCUGUUGAGUACAAAAAAUUAUUUGAAGAACCGCAACAUAUUGAGGGCUGGUAUUUCGUUCGAUCUGCAGGUCUUCUAAAUGCAGCUUUGAAUUGUAUUAAGAGACUAAAGACACUUCAGGGAGAUUCCUUGAUUGGGAUAGAGAAUGACUGUACUGAAAUGUUGCAGGAAUUGGAAACGACGUUUUUGAAGAGGGUUAACAAGCACAUCGAAAUCCCAACCAAAAAGUUGACACAAAAGUAUCAAGAGGAACUGAAGCAGUUGAGACAAUUUUCUGAUUGUACGAUCAAUUCAAUUGUCAAAGAUGACAUGAAAAUCGAUUUAGAAACAGUUGAAAUGACAGUAGCAGACGAGAGGCGAACAAUACAAAACAGCAAGGCAUUUUAUAAUGAGCUCACCAACAAACUUGUGAGUUUUUAUGGGUUACUUAUAGAUGAUUGUCUGAAUGUUUUGGGUACACCGAAUUGUAGUUUCUGUUUUGUAGGUCUGGGAUCUUUGGCAAGACAAGAAGCAACAGCAUAUUCGGAUCUAGAGUCUGCAAUCAUAUUUGAUGACACUGGUAAGUCGGACGAGGAAAUAGACCAGCUAAAGGUAGAAUUUAGGCUCAUCGUGCAUUAUUUGCACUUUAAGAUACUCAACCUCGGGGAGACUGUCAUUCCAAGUUUAAGUAUUCCAGUGUUGAACGACUUUAACAAGGAAUUGACAGGAGAAUUCAAAGAAAACAAAUUCUUUGAUUCAAUUUCUCCCCAAGGAUUGUGUUUUGAUGGUGCCAUGCCAUGGGCGAGUAAAACCCCGAUUGGCCGUAGCACUACAGAAAAUAAACCUGCAAGAGAGCUGAUUAUGACCCCAGACGAGAUGUCUGAAUGCCAAAAGGAAGAUGUUUGUUUGAAAGAAGGCUAUCACUUGAGUGACGUUCUCAUGACAACCAGGCUGGUAUAUGGAGACGGCGAUGUACACGAUAGAUACAAAUCGAAACUCAGAGACAUCUUGAAAUCAGAUUCGAAGCAAUGUCCAGGCAUUACCAUAGGGGGUGUCAGGGCAACCGAAACAUUAAAAGAGGAUUUGGAUAAAUAUGUAAGGAAUCCUCUUUCACCAGAAACACUGAGUAAGCAAGUACAUGUCAAAAAGGACAUAUACAGGUUUGCGACGAUGUCUGUAAAUUCACUAAAGCUAAAAUAUGGCUGCGUCGCCCAAUCCCCUCUUAAUGUUUUAGAGGAAUUAUACGAUAGGAGUCUAUUGACUGAGAGGGCCAAGAUAGACCUUCAGGUAAUGGUCUGCUCUUGUAUUAAUCUCCGGCAUUUGACUUACAACAAAUAUAAAAGACAAAAAGAGUUCAUAUCAUUCGUUUCAAGACCCCCUGAGGCUGAACAAGAACGCCCAAUAGAUUCAAGAGAAUCGCUAUCUGUUCGGGAUUUCAGUGCAAUUUACCGAUUUUUUCUAACAUUCCUACCCUGGGUAAAUUUCUUAAAAGCGGCAAUUGAGAGCAAGAUUAAAAAUUGGAAGUAUUUACCCAGGUAUAUAGAAAGCAGUGAACGAAUAAAAGGAAUGCUGCAUAAAGAAAUGAACUUUUUUGAAAAUGCUUUAUUGGCUUUCAAGAAAGAAGAGACACAAAUUAUGAACUCAGUUCAUGAGACCAACAAAGAGCAACUUGUUGAAAUCCAGGCAAGCAUAGGUUCGCUUUAUAAAACAAACUCCAUGUAUGAAGAUGCCCUGAAGUACUACAAUAAAGCACUUGACUUGGAGAUGGCUAUACAUAAUGACCAAUACCAUGCACAUAUUGCAUCAUUACUGGACAAUAUAGGCGAAAUAUACUGGUCACUAGCAGAAUACAAAAACGCCCAAAAAUAUCAUAAACUCGCUCUGAAAAUGUUUAAAAUAUUGUGCAAGUCGGAUACAUUUGAUAACAACGUCGCAAAGUCUUUAAUGCAUUUGGGUUGGGUUCAUAUGUGGUUAUCUGAAUACACUGUUGCAUUGUCAUAUUUAACUGAAAGUAGGGACAUUUUUGAACGUAUCAAUGGUAAUAAUCCAGAUCGUGACUUUGCAAAGCUGUUCGAAGGUCUUGGACUUGUAUCAAGUUAUAAAUCUGACUUUACUCAAGCGCUAUCAUAUCAUUAUGAAAGUUGUUCAAUGAGAAAGAAGAUCUGGAUUGAUGUCCCACAUGCUGAUAUUGCCAUGUCUUUGAGUAACAUUGCUGUUGUGUAUUCUAAGCAAGGUGACCUUACCAAUGCCCUGUCUUACCAUACUAAUGCUCUUGCAAUGUGGAGGCAGGUCUACGGGGACAAGCCUCAUGCUAGUAUUGCCACAUCAAUGAGUAAUAUCGGCGCUGUGUAUUCCCACAAAGGUGAUCUCACCAAUGCUCUGUCUUACCACAGUGAAGCUCUUAUGAUGAGGAGAGAGGUCUAUGGAGACAAGCCUCAUGCUAGUAUUGCCAAUUCAAUGAACAACAUUGGUAGGGUUCAUUAUAAACAAGGUGAUCUCAUCAAUGCACUUUCUUACCAUACUGAAGCUCUCAUGAUGAAGAGACAAGUCUAUGGAGACAAACCUCAUGCUAGUAUUGCCAUUUCAAUGAAUAACAUUGGUGGAGUAUAUUGUAAACUAGGUGAUCUCACAAAUGCCCUGUCUUACCAUAUUGAUGCUUUAACAAUGAAGAGCCAUGUCUACGGAGACAAGCCUCAUGCCAGUAUUGCCACAUCAAUGAAUAGUAUUGGUGAUGUAUAUUAUCAGCUAAGCGACCUCACCAAUGCCCUGUCUUACCACAUUGGUGCUCUUACAAUGAGGAGACAGGUCCACGGGGACAAGCCUCAUGCUGAUAUUGCCAACUCAUUAAACCAAAUUGCUGCUGUGUAUUCUCAGCAGGGUGACCUCACCAAAGCCCUGUCUUACCAUAAUGAUGCUCUUGCAAUGUGGAGACAGGUCUAUGGAGACAAACCUCAUGCUGAUAUUGCCACAUCAUUGUACAACAUUGGUAGUGUGUACUAUGAGCAAGGUGACACAAACACGUCCUUGCAAUACUACACCGACGCCCUGACAUUGUUCAGACAAGUUUAUAAUGAUAAGCCUAAUGACAAUAUCACUUUAACAUUGGACAACAUCGCAAAUGCAUAUCGCGAACAAGGUGACAUGACCAACUAUAAAAAGUAUUCCAAUAAGAGUGAGGACAUGAAGAAGAAACUUAAGCAAUGA